AUGGGGUCUAGUCUGACAUGUACGGGAGUAGUGUGGGCACUUUUGUCUCUACUCAGUGCGGCUGCCUCUUGCGUUGGCUUCUUCAUGCCAUAUUGGUUGCUUGGUUCGCAAAUGGACAAACCCGUGUCUUUUGGCACUUUUCGCCGAUGCUCUUACCCAGUGCGAGACGAAGAGAGGCAGGCCACAGUGAUGCUGGAACAGUGUGGCCGCUACGCUAGUUUUCAGGGCAUCCCAAGCUUGGAGUGGCGCAUCUGUACAAUAGUGACAGGAGUAGGCUGUGGCUUGCUUUUACUUGUUGCCCUCACGGGUCUAAUGGGUUGCUGCAUAUCCGACCUUAUCUCUCGCACCAUCGGACGCGUAGCAGGAGGCAUUCAGUUCGUUGGGGGUGAGUUGCUUUGCUCCGGUUGUGCUCUCUACCCUCUGGGAUGGGACAGUGAAGAAGUUCAGCAGACAUGUGACAACAGAUCUGACCAGUUUGAACUGGGCUCGUGUCAGAUUGGUUGGGCCUACUACUGUACCGGUGCGGGGGCUGCAUCCGCUAUGCUGCUGUGUACCUGGCUAGCCUGCUUCGCUGGGAAGAAACAGAAGCAGUACCCCUACUAA